UGUUCUCAUGCAUAUAUCUUCAUUCUCCUUAAGAUCAGAAAAUUAAGUAGAAAGAUAUCAGUGAGAAAUGGAAACGAAAGCAGCGAUUAUCUCUGGGGAUACAAUGGCCAAAGAGAAUGGCAAUGCUCACGUCCAGUUGACAGUAGAUCAGCUGGAUGCUGGAGCUCUAUUUGUUCUUAAAUCUCGAGGGUCAUGGUGGCAUUGUGGAUAUCACUUGACAACGUCAAUAGUUGCUCCAUCACUGUUAAGUCUUCCUUUUGCGUUCAGACUCCUUGGUUGGGUUGGUGGAAUUAUAUGUCUUCUUUUCUGUGGUGUUGUCACUUUCUAUGCCUACCAUCUCUUAUCUCUUGUUUUAGAGCACCAUGCUCUACGUGGUUCUCGUUUACUUAGGUUUCGAGAUAUGGCUACAAAUAUUCUUGGACCUAAAUGGGCCAUCUUCUACGUGGGCCCAAUUCAAUUUGGAGUAUGCUACGGUUCGGUUGUUGCUGGAAUUCUUAUCGGUGGUCAAAACCUCAAGUAUAUUUAUGUGCUGUGCAAUCCAGAGGGGGGAAUGCAACUUUACCAAUUCAUAAUUAUAUUUGGAACACUGAUGUUGAUUUUAGCACAAAUUCCAUCUUUCCAUUCUCUAAGACAUAUAAACCUCAUCUCUCUCACUCUAUCCCUUGCUUAUAGUGCUUGUGUAACUGCUGCUUCUUUAAAACUAGGGUUUUCCAAGAAUGCCCCUCCAAGAGACUACUCUGUUAAAGGGUCGCCCGUCAGUCAGUUAUUUAAUGCCUUCAAUGGCAUUUCAGUAAUUGCAACUGCCUAUGCAUGUGGAAUGCUUCCCGAAAUUCAGGCAACUUUAGUAGCUCCACUAAAAGGAAAGAUGUUCAAAGGGUUAUGCCUUUGUUAUACAGUGAUAGCAACCACCUUUUUGAGCGUAGGAAUUUCUGCAUAUUGGACUUUUGGAAAUGAGGCAAUGGGAACAGUUCUUACUAAUUUCAUGUCACAAAACUCUUUACCUUCUUGGCUUAUCAUCAUCACCAAUGCAUUUUGCCUCACUCAAGUCUCGGCCGUUGCUGGCACUUAUUUACAACCCACGAACGAAGCAUUUGAAAAGACAUUCGCGGACCCAAACAAAGACCAAUUUUCGAUGCGAAACAUUGUGCCAAGGUUAAUAUCACGUUCGUUAUCGGUGGUGAUAGCAACUAUAGUUGGAGCCAUGUUGCCUUUCUUUGGGGAUUUAAUGGCACUAAUUGGAGCAUUGGGUUUCAUUCCUUUGGACUUCAUUAUGCCAAUGGUUUUCUACAAUGCCACUUUCAAGCCUUCUAAGCGUAGCUUUAUUUAUUGGAUAAACACUUUGAUUGUCGCAAUUUCAUCAGUAUUGGCUAUAAUUGGUGGUGUUGCUUCCAUUCGGCAAAUCGUUUUGGAUGCCAAAGAAUAUCGUUUGUUUGCCAAUGUGUAAAAGCCAAAUGAUGCUAACGGAAGUGUUACUGUGUAAAAGUACUUUUAAUACAGUGUGAAGCUAUAGUGUGUGUUGUUAUAAAGAUUGGAUUUUAGUUCAAUUAAUAAGUAACAGCUAUAGAUAACUGUUUUGUUCCAUUGUUUAACUUUGAAACUUGUGUUUACUCCA